UCACGUGACCCACAGCCUCACUCCCUCCGCGCUCCGCCAUGGCUGCGGCGGCCGCUGUCGCUUCGGUGCUCCUCUGCUUGUUCGGCCUGGCGCUGCCCGGCAGCGCGCUGCACACCAAGGGCUCCGUGCCUCUCGACACCAUCACCUUCUACAAGGUGAUCCCCAAGCAUAAGUUUGUCCUUGUGAAGUUUGAUACACAGUACCCUUACGGCGAGAAACAAGAUGAGUUCAAAAAGCUGGCAGAGAGCUCAGGCUCCAGUGAAGAUCUUCUGGUGGCUGAAGUGGGUAUAUCAGAUUAUGGUGAUAAACUAAACACUGAGCUGGGAGAAAAGUACAAGCUGGACAAAGAGAAGUACCCUAUCUUUUAUUUGUUCCAGGACGGUGACUUUGACAAUCCCUUACCUUACUCUGGCCACAUUAAAGCCGGGGCUAUUCAGCGCUGGCUGAAGAGUAAUGGCAUCUACCUGGGGAUGCCAGGCUGUCUGAAGGAGUAUGAUGUGCUGGCCAGCAAGUUUAUGAGUGUCACUGACAAGUCAGAACGCCAGUCCCUCCUAAAGAAGGGGCAGCAGAGCUUAGAGAAAGCAAAGGAAACCGAGAAGAAGUCAGCUGAGCAAUACUUGAAAAUUAUGAGCAAGAUAUUGGAGCAGGGAGAAGAGUUUGCUGCUAACGAAGUUGUCCGAAUCACAAAACUGAUCGAGAAGAACAAAAUGAGUGAUGGAAAAAAGGAGGAGCUCCAGAAAAGCCUCAAUAUCCUCGCUUCUUUCCUAAAGAAGAAUAAUGAAAAAGAUGAGCUCUGAUAUGCUGGGGAACUUUGUACAAGCUGUGAAACACUGUCAAGUCCUAACCAGUUCUCCCAGUGCAAGCAAACUUCCCGCUGACUUCAAGAGAACAGCAGACGUCCUUGAAUCCUCAGUUAUGAGAUCAAGAGGAAGCAAUGCCUCAAAACCAGUAUUCUGCGUGUUGGGAAACACACCUUAAAGCAAGCUGCCGUACUGUGAAAUAUUAUUAAAUAACAGUGUUACAAUAGACCAAAAAAAAAAUCACUAUAUUGGCCUGGAGCAAAUUCCCGGUGGUUUUUACAUCUGUUCCCUGGCAAACCAAUGACAAAAUUCAGUCUCACAUUCCAUGUUUCCAAAGGUCAGAGGUGAUGCCCCUACCAUGCCCACCUGUCCUUGCCUUCUAAUGUUCCUGGGUUUUGUUCUGUUCGCCCCUCAUCCCUCCCUCUUUCUCCCCCGUGGGGUUUUCUCUGAGUCCUCUCCUUACCUGCUGCUGACUGAGAGCUGCCAUUUCCUUCUGCCUUUUCCAGAGGCUGUUGGGCUGAGGGUUCGAUCUGCACAUCACAGCUUGUCCUGCUGCAGCAGAACCCCUUUGUGGUACCCAACAGAGCCAGGUCUGAGCACUGAGGUUUCCUCCAGCUGCAGUUACAUUUGGGCUCACCCAUUUGUGCAAAAAUGCUUUUUUUCAGUGGCAGAUUAAAUUCAGGUGAGUUUUCCCAUGGCUGAAGGCAUCUGAUGCUUUUUUGACUGUUCUUCCUGUCCAAACUUCACCUCAUGAAUUAGAACAGGAGACAGAAAGGGACAUUUAACAGUUCCAAGUGGUCGCUAACACGAAGAAAAUACUUUCUCCAGCCUGAUCUUCAGAAUGACACUGUGAAACUAAAGCUUCAGCAGCCCUUGUCAGAGUUAAAACUAUUUAAAAAACGAGGUCUUGCGACAGGAAGAAAAAAGCAUUAAUUCCUUUAAAAGCUUUUCCUUAAAAGCUCUGUCAGGAUCACAGUCAAACACCUUCACGUUUUACCUUGAGACUGUGCUUUCUGCUAAGCAAAUUGGUUUCUGUGGGAGCUUUGCUGCCUUUUGAAUCCUGGGGUGGGGAUGAAGAGCUGCAAGACGAAAUGUAUUAAUAUUGCUCUGAUGAUAAUAAUAAAAACUGGUUCCAACAAAUA